AUGGCGAUAGAAGCUUCGAGUGGUGAUGGUGGCAACGACUGGUGGCCACUGCCGGUGCCGAUAGUGUUGCCAAAUCAUAGUGGGAUCAGUGAAGAAGAAAUCUCAGUCAUAGGAAUGAUUUUUGAUUCAUUGCAUUUGGCACAGGAGUUUUAUGCAAAUUAUGCAAAGAAAGUGGGGUUCGUAACUAAAGUCAGGAACACAAACUUUGACAAGACACGGAAGAAAUCAAAGAUACCCGUUAAUCAAUUUCUUCACUGCACUCGAGAGGGUUAUCAGGAAUCUCGGGUUAAGGCAGCAACUAGGGAAAACAGAAUAACAGCCACGAUAUGCAGAACAAGGAUGUAUGUCAUGCUGGAUAGGGAGAAGGAAUGUUGGGUUGUGUCUAGGUUAAAAUUGAGGCAUUCUUACCCCUAUUCGGCUAAGAAAGAUGUCCACUAUCAUGAAUAUAGGGAGUUGACCAUGCAUGCUAAGUGCAUCAUUACGGAUAACGAUGAGGCUGGCAUAAGACCCAACAAGACGUAUCUAGUACUGGCAAACGAGGUUGACUUCAAGGGGGUGAUGAAUUAUUUCGUUCGAAUGAAAGAGAUCAAUUCCAACUUCUUUUAUGCCAUAGAUGUUGACGAUGCUAAUAAAUUUAGGAGCGGACUCUGGGUAGAUGCAAGGUGCAGGGCUUUGUAUGAAUGUUACAGAGAUGUGGUGUUGUUCGACACCACUUACAAAAGAAACAAGCAUGGUAUACCGUUUGCAUCCUUUGUCGGUUUAAACCACCAUGAGAAGUCUACUCUUCUUGGCUGUGCUUUACUUGGGAGCGAGGAGAUCCCUAGUUUUGAGUGGGUGUUCACGCAGUGGGUGAGAUGCAUCGGGACUACACCAAGGGAGAUCAUCACUGACCAGUGCAAGGUGAUGACUGGUGCUAUUAGAAAGGUCCUACCUGAUACUGUCCACCGAUGA